GUCGGCCUCGCCUUUGGAAAAGGGGGCGAAGACUGCGCCGGUGACUGUCCCUCGCCCUCCCCACCCCUUUUUUAUUGCUGAGAGAGGAGAGUUUUGCUCUAAGCCGCAGGGAUGAAGUCGCCCCUCGGAGGAGGGUCCCUGGCCUCGCUGUGGGCGCUCCUGCUUCUCGCCGCCGCGCUCGCCUUCUGGCCGACGAGCGGAGAAAUCUGCGGCCCCGGCAUCGACAUCCGCAACGACUUCCAGCAGCUGAAGCGCCUGGAGAACUGCACGGUGAUCGAGGGCUACCUGCACAUCCUGCUCAUCUCCAAGGGCGACGACUACCGCAGCUACCGCUUCCCCAAGCUCACGGUCAUCACCGAGUACCUGCUCCUGUUCCGCGUGGCCGGCCUGGAGAGCAUCGGCGACCUGUUCCCCAACCUCACGGUCAUCCGCGGCUGGAAGCUCUUCUACAACUACGCCCUGGUCAUCUUCGAGAUGACCAACCUCAAGGACAUCGGCCUGCGCAACCUGCGCAACAUCACCCGCGGCGCCAUCCGCAUCGAAAAGAACGCCGACCUCUGCUACCUGUCCACCGUGGACUGGUCCCUCAUCCUCGACGCCGUGUCCAACAACUACGUGGUGGGGAACAAGUCCCCCAAGGAGUGCGGCGACGUGUGCCCGGGGGCCCUGGAGGGGAAGUCCACCUGCGACCGGACCACCAUCAACAACGAGUACAACUACCGCUGCUGGACCCAGGACCACUGCCAGAAAACCUGCCCGAGCGCGUGCGGGAAGCGGGCGUGCACGGAGAACAACGAAUGCUGCCACCCCGAGUGCCUGGGCGGCUGCACGGCCCCCGACGACGAGGCGGCCUGCGUGGCCUGCAAGCACUACUACCACGAGGGCGUCUGCGUGACCGACUGCCCCCCCAACACCUACCGCUUCGAGGGCUGGCGCUGCGUGGACCGCGACUUCUGCGCCACCAUCCCCAACGCCGACAGCUUCGAGCUGGAGGGCUUCGUGAUCCACGACGGCGAGUGCAUGCAGGAGUGCCCCUCCGGCUUCAUCCGCAACGACAGCCUGAGCAUGUACUGCAUCCCCUGCGAAGGGCCGUGCCCCAAAAUCUGUGAGGAAGACAAGGGGACGAAGACCAUCGACUCGGUGACCUCGGCUCAGAUGCUCCAAGGCUGCACCAUCUUCAAGGGCAACCUGCUCAUUAACAUCCGCAGGGGCAAUAACAUCGCCUCGGAACUGGAGAACUUCAUGGGGCUCAUCGAGGUGGUCACGGGCUACAUCAAGAUCCGCCACUCCCACGCGCUGGUCUCCCUGUCCUUCUUCAAAAGCCUCCGCCAGAUCCUAGGCGAGGACCAGCUGGAGGGGAACUACUCCUUCUACGUCCUGGACAACCAGAACCUGCAGCAGCUGUGGGACUGGGACCACCACAACCUGACCAUCAAGUCCGGGAAGAUGUACUUCGCCUUCAACCCCAAGCUGUGCGUGUCCGAGAUCUACCGCAUGGAGGAGAUGACCGGGGCCAAGGGGCGCCAGGGCAAAGGCGACAUCAACACCAGGAACAACGGGGAGCGGGCCUCCUGUGAGAGCGACAUGCUGCACUUCACCUCCACCAACACCUGGAAGAACCGCAUCAUCAUCACGUGGCACCGGUACCGGCCCCCAGACUACAGGGACCUCAUCAGCUUCACCGUCUACUACAAGGAAGCGCCCUACAAGAACGUCACCGAGUACGACGGCCAGGACGCCUGCGGCUCCAACAGCUGGAACAUGGUGGACGUGGACCUGCCCGCCAACAAGGACGUGGAGCCCGGCAUCCUGCUGCACGGCCUGAAGCCCUGGACGCAGUACGCCAUCUACGUGAAGGCCGUGACGCUGACCAUGGUGGACAACGACCACAUCCGCGGGGCCAAGAGCGACAUCCUCUACCUCCGCACCAACGCCUCAGUGCCUUCCAUCCCCCUGGAUGUCAUCUCGGCCUCCAACUCGUCCUCCCAGCUGAUCGUCAAGUGGAACCCGCCCUCCCUGCCCAACGGCAACCUGAGCUACUACAUCGUGCGCUGGCAGCAGCAGCCGCAGGACGCCUACCUGUACCGGCACAACUACUGCUCCAAAGACAAGCUCCCCGUCCGCAAGUACACGGACGGCACCUUCGACAUCGAGGAGGUGACGGAGAACCCCAAGACCGAGUCGUGCAACACCCCGAAGGGGCCCUGCUGCGCGUGUCCCAAAACCGAGGCCGAGAAGCAGGCGGAGAAGGAGGAGGCCGAGUACCGCAAAGUCUUCGAGAACUUCCUGCACAACUCCAUCUUCGUGCCCAGGCCCGACAGGAAGCGCAGGGACGUGGGGCAGAUCUCCAACACCACCCUUUCCGGCCGGAGCAGGAACAGCACGGUGACGGACCCCUUCAACAGCACGGACCCAGAUGACAGGGAGACGGACUACCCUUUCUUCGAGAGCAGGGUGGACAAGAAGGAGAGGACCGUCAUCUCCAACCUGAAGCCCUUCACCCUCUACCGCAUCGACAUCCACAGCUGCAACCACGAGGCCGAGAAGCUGGGCUGCAGCGCCUCCAACUUCGUCUUUGCGAGAACCAUGCCUGCAGAUGGAGCGGAUGACAUUCCCGGACCGAUAACCUGGGAGGUGAAGCCUGACAACACCAUCUUCUUAAAGUGGCCCGAACCGGAGAAUCCCAACGGACUGAUUCUCAUGUACGAGAUAAAGUACGGAUCGCAGGUCGAGGACCAGCGGGAGUGCGUGUCGCGGCAGGACUACCGGAAGCACGGCGGGGCCAAGCUGCAGAAGCUCAGCCCGGGGAACUACACGGCCCGCAUCCAGGCCACCUCUCUGUCGGGGAACGGGUCCUGGACGGAGCCCGUGUUCUUCUACGUCCAGGACAAAGCGGCGUACGACAGCCACGCCCACCUGGUCAUCGCGCUGCCCAUCGCCAUCGUGCUGACCGUCUUGGGGCUGGCCCUCACGCUGUACGUCAUCCACCGGAAGCGUAAUCGGAUGGGCAAUGGAGUGCUGUACGCGUCUGUGAACCCGGAGUAUUUCAGCGCGGCCGACGUGUACGUGCCCGACGAGUGGGAGGUGGCCCGGGAGAAGAUCACCAUGAACCGGGAGCUGGGCCAGGGCUCCUUCGGCAUGGUGUACGAGGGCGUGGCCAAGGGCGUGGUCAAGGACGAGCCGGAAACCCGGGUGGCCAUCAAGACCGUCAACGAGUCGGCCAGCAUGCGGGAGCGGAUCGAGUUCCUCAACGAGGCUUCGGUGAUGAAGGAGUUCAACUGUCACCACGUGGUGCGUUUGCUGGGCGUGGUGUCCCAGGGCCAGCCGACCCUGGUCAUCAUGGAGCUCAUGCCCCGCGGUGACCUCAAGAGUUACCUCAGGUCUCUGAGACCGGAAAUCGAGAAUCACCCCGUCCUCUCACCGCCGACCCUCAGCAAGAUGAUCCAGAUGGCCGGGGAGAUUGCGGACGGCAUGGCGUACCUCAACGCCAACAAGUUCGUCCACAGAGACCUUGCUGCCCGGAACUGCAUGGUGGCUGAGGAUUUGACCGUCAAGAUCGGAGACUUCGGCAUGACUCGCGACAUCUAUGAGACCGACUAUUACCGGAAGGGCGGGAAGGGGCUGCUGCCUGUGCGCUGGAUGUCCCCCGAGUCCCUCAAGGACGGCGUGUUCACCACCCACUCUGAUGUCUGGUCCUUCGGCGUCGUGCUCUGGGAGAUCGCCACGCUGGCCGAGCAGCCCUACCAAGGCCUGUCCAACGAGCAGGUCCUGCGCUUCGUCAUGGAGGGCGGCCUUCUGGACAAGCCCGACAACUGCCCCGACAUGCUGUACAGAAUCGAGUCUCCUCACUCCUUCUCUGCCUCUCUCUCUCUGAUCUCUCUCUAUCACCGCGUGCUGGUCUACCACCGGGCCAGCUUCGACGAGAGGCAGGCGUACGCGCACAUGAACGGGGGGCGCAAGAACGAGAGGCCCGUGCCUCUGCCCCAGUCCUCCACCUGCUGAAGUGGGACCCGGUCCCAC